GGACACGGAAAGUCUCGUUGCCAUUUCUCAUUGACAAAUACAGUUGCAUCAAAAGCAAAGGGGGCUCAGGGGGGUAACUAGAGUAACAGUCUAGACUCGAGUCCGAAAUGGCUUCUUCUUCAUCUCCCGCCUCCUCCUCCGCUUCCCCACUCCAACGCCUCUCCACCUUCAAAUCCUCAACCCCCACCUCCGCCAUCGCCACCGCAUCCCCUUUAGACACAUUCGCCUCAGACCCAAUCUUCUCUGUCUUCCUCUCCCACUCUUUCUCCUCCACCACCUUCUCCUCCGCCGCCCUCUCCUCCGGCUCCCCCGCCUCUACCGCCGAAAAGCUCCAGCACGCCAUCCGCCUCCUCGAGUCUCAGCUCCGCUCCGAGGUCCUCUCCCGCCACUCCGACCUCCUCGCCCAGCUCUCCUCCCUCCACCACGCCGAUCACGCCCUUUCCACCGUUCGAUCCUCCGUUGCCGCCCUCCAGUCCUCCCUCCGCCACACCCGAUCUGAGCUCUCCGACCCCCUCGCCUCCAUCCGCACCCUCACCAUCCAGCUCCAAAAUCUCCACGCCUCCUCCGAUCUUCUCCACCACUCCAUCAGAGCCCUACGCCUCUCCAGUAAGCUCCGGUCCCUCGCCUCCGAUGACCCCGACCGCCUCGAUCUUGCCAAGGCUGCUCAGCUCCAUUGCGAGAUCUUAGCUCUUUACAACGAGUACGACCUCGCCGGCAUUGAUGUUGUCGAUUCCGAGCUCGAGUGGGUCAAGGAGACGGGAGACAAGUUGCGUACGGAGGCGAUGAAGGUUUUGGAGAGAGGGAUGGAGGGUUUGAACCAGGCCGAGGUUGGGACUGGUCUGCAGGUGUUUUACAAUUUGGGAGAGCUGAGACAGGCGAUGGAUCAGCUGAUUAACAAGUAUAAGGGAAUGGGGAUGAAGAGUGUGAGUGCAGCAUUGGAUAUGAAGGCGAUUUCUGGGUCGGGAGGAGGUGGGUUUGGGCCGGGUGGAAUCAGAGGAGGCGGGGGCACGCCGCAGAUUGGCAGUGGUGGGAAGGCGAGGGAGGCGAUUUGGCAGAGGAUGGGGAGUUGUAUGGAUCAGCUGCAUUCGAUAAUGGUUGCGGUGUGGCACUUGCAGAGGGUGUUGUCGAAGAAGCGUGACCCAUUUACUCAUGUAUUGCUGCUUGAUGAGGUUAUUCAGGAAGGUGAGCCUAUGAUAACAGAUAGAGUGUGGGAGGCCCUUGUGAAGGCAUUUGCCAAUCAAAUGAAGUCUGCUUUCACUGCAUCAAGUUUUGUUAAAGAGGUUUUCACUAUGGGGUAUCCGAAGCUUUUCUCUAUGAUAGAUAAUCUUCUUGAAAGAAUUGCACGCGACACAGAUGUCAAAGGGGUUUUACCGGCUAUUACGUCAGAGGGAAAGGAACAACUGGUUGCAGCUGUUGAAAUAUUCCAAAAAUCAUUUUUGGGACUUUGCUUGGGUCGCUUGUCAGACCUUGUGAAUACUGUAUUUCCAGUGUCCAGCCGUGGAAGUGUUCCCUCUAAAGAACAUAUCUCAAGAAUUAUAUCACGGAUUCAAGAAGAAAUAGAAUCUGUUCAGUUGGAUGGGCACUUGACUCUUCUUGUAUUGCGUGAAAUUGGCAAGGUUCUUCUCCUACUUGGUGAACGAGCUGAGUACCAGAUAUCAACUGGUCCUGAAGCACGUCAAGUCAAUGGUCCUGCAACUCCUGCACAGCUCAAGAACUUCAUGUUAUGUCAGUAUCUCCAAGAAAUUCAUACACACAUAUCAUCUAUGGUUACAGGACUGCCCACUAUUGCGUUAGAUGUGCUGUCUCCCUCGUUAGGUGCAAUAUACGGGGUUGCUUGUGACUCACUGACGUCCUUGUUCCAAGCUAUGCUUGAGCGUCUUGAAUCUUGCAUCUUGCAAAUUCAUGAACAGAGAUUUGGUGUGCUAGGCAUGGAUGCCGCUAUGGACAACAAUGUUUCACCUUACAUGGAGGAGUUGCAAAAGUGCAUUCUUCACUUCCGUAGUGAGUUCCUGUCUAGGCUUUUGCCUCCAAAAUCUGCCACGGUUGGAACAGAGACCAUCUGCACUAGGCUUGUUAGGAGCAUGGCUGCACGGGUUUUAAUAUUCUUUAUCAGACAUGCUUCUCUUAUCAGACCCCUUUCAGAAUCAGGGAAACUAAGGAUGGCCAGGGACAUGGCUGAGCUAGAAUUAGCAGUAGGCCAAAACUUGUUCCCAGUAGAGCAACUUGGUGCGCCAUACAGAGCCCUUCGAGCAUUUCGACCUCUUAUUUUCUUGGAGACUUCCCAACUCGGAGGUUCUCCUCUUCUUCAAGAUCUACCACCAAGCGUCGUACUUCACCAUCUUUACUCCCGAGGUCCUGAUGAAUUGCAAUCACCGCUGCAAAGGAACAAACUAACACCUCUGCAAUAUUCAUUGUGGCUAGAUUCUCAAGGAGAGGAUCAGGUAUGGAAGGGUAUCAAAGCAACACUAGAUGACUAUGCCACGCAUGUAAGGGCCCGAGGUGACAAAGAGUUCAGCCCUGUCUAUCCUCUAAUGCUUCGGCUAGGGUCAUCUUUGACCGAAAAUGCUCGUGCGACCCAAAAGUCUUGAUGCCCGGUGUAUCUCUUUGUAAGGUACAUGACUUUUCCUUUUCCUUUUUUCUUUUUUUUUUUUUAAUACUAAGAAUCGUAGUAACCUUUUACUUCUUAUGGCAUUUCAGCUGAUCAUUUUGUUAUUCUCUUCAGUAUUUAGGUCAGCCAGCAUUUUCGAUAGGUUCAUGUAAUUAAAUAGCCACACUACACAACUACACAUGGUAAAUUGUACUGUUACAGUUCCAUACCAACCGAAUUAAGUUUUUGUUUCUUCAAUAUAUUUCUCCACAAACUU